GGGGCGUGUCCAAAUGCUACACUCCGCACUGUGUUUACUUCCGUCAAUAUUUCCAACGCAGCAGGCAGAAAGGCAGACUGGGUAAACGGCAAAAGGAGACGACUACGUGUCAAGAAACUAGCUUCGGUUAAAAUGCCUUUCUUGGGUAAGGACUGGCGGUCUCCUGGGUGGUGUUGGGAGAAGACGGACAAUGGCUGGAAGAGGAUCAUCUUGUAUGGGCAAGAAAAUAACAAUUUGGACUUUGCAGAACUGUGCAGUGAUGACAAAAACGAUAUGUUUGUUGGAGACGUGUGUGAACUGAGCAGUGUCAAGCAGCAAAAGGACCUCUACAACAACAGCACCAAGUCUCAAUUUGUAAAAGAUAAAUGGAUAUACGUGCAUAAAGUCAGCACAAAAGAAAGGCAAGGAUACAGCACACUUGGAGAAGCCCUUAACCGUCUUGACUUUUCCACUGCUGUUGAGGACUUGCGGAGAUUCAACUAUGUUGCUAAACUAUUCCAGUUAAUAGCCAGGUACCAGCUUACAUCUUUAAGUGGCGCUGCUCAAAAGAAUUACUUCAAUAUACUUGAAAAGAUUGUACAAAAAGUGCUAGAUGACUGUUAUAACCCACGCCUUGUCAAAGACCUACUGCAGGACUUGGUCUCCACGCUGCACAGCUUGACUGUGCAUGUGGGGAGAGUGGUCCUUGUGGGGAAUAUUAACAUUUGGAUGUCCAGACUGGAGACUAUCCUAAAGUGGCAGGAGCAGCUCAACAAUCUGCAGAUCCCAAAGCAUCUGUGUAAUGGCAUGUCCCUGAGUGACCUUCCCAUUCACAUGCACAACAAGAUCCUAGGUAAGCUGUCUGACGCCUGUGACAUCAUUAAUCUGGGUCAGGCCAUGCCCACGCUGCGCUUCCUCAGUGAGGACAAGAUACUGUGGAAAAAACUCUGCUACUUUCACUUCUCUGAUAAAGAGUAUCAUAAGAACUUAGUUUUGACCAAGAGUGACAACAUAGACUGGAAGCUCAUGUACUUCACAUUAAAGAAACAUUACCCCAUGAGAGAGCAAUAUGGGGAUACAUUGCACUACUGCAAGCACUGUCACAUCCUUUUCUGGCAGGAUCUACACCUGGCAUUAAUAUUCAAGGACUGGGGACACCCCUGCACAGCCAUUGACCCAGACAAGUGCCUCAUGCCCAUCUCCCCACAGGACUUUAUCACACUCUUUCAGUAUUAACCAAAACUGUAUAUGGGACUUUACUAAUGUAGUUAAAUACAAAGGGCUUCAAGCAAUGAUCAGUGAUUUUAUGUCCCUUAUUCAUCCAUUCCUGUGGGCAAAGUACUGUUUUUUUAAUGUUACGAAUGUUGGAACAAAUCUUCAACACAAACACAUGGAGGGAAAAUAACACAAGUAUUGCUUUGUAAGAAGUCAUAAUAUAAAAUAAGGAAUAAUGUGUUUUGGUUUACGUAAUGUGAAUAUAAUGACAGUAAACCUACUGACUCUGACUCAUGGUGUUUGUUUUUAAAACACUAUUAGACAUGUUGUGUUUGGGAUUUUAUGAAUGCAUGUCUGUUAAUGUAUUUACUGUAAAUUGUCAUGUUAAGUCUGCUUUGUGCAGUCACUUAAGAAAGAUUCUGUCAAACCUUUUUUUUUAAUAUUAAUUGUGUAACAAACAGGGAAACGUGCAAACACUAUUUAUGAAAAGAUUCACAUUUUAUACCCUUUUCUUAAACUUUUGUAAUCCUCUUUCAGCGCUACAGUGUGGUGGUAGUCUAAAAGGUACUAUUGUGAAAGUAACCAUAAUAAAAUCCUUCUUUUGAAA